UGCUAUGGCAAUGCUGAUAGCAGCGCUACGAUCAUCAGUGUCGGCUUCCUGCCAAUAGUCAACGCUGACGAACUGUACUAUGUGACUGAACUUACUUGCCUGUUACUUUUCAACCCAUCGCCGCAAUCCGAAGCCUCAAUCUCCAUCAUCCCCGAUAAGGCCAGAUCGUCGCAUGCGACGCUCCGAGACUCGGGCCAACCUACCAAAAGUCAUUUCUAUAGAGCUCCAUCAAACUCAAGAUGGCCCGCCAGAAUCGCAUUCUCACUUCACUACUCGUUCUGGCAGGUGCUAGCUCAACUGUAGGGGCUAGCAAAAAGUCGUUCAGUGUCCACGAUGACCUCCUAGCCUUCCCCCAGUUCCAGGUCCUUUUCCCCGACGAAUACGUCCUAGAACCCCAGGCUCGGGAGCUUCUUGAAGGCCACAGCAGUCUUUCCUCCUUCGAGAACUCACAAGAAGGAAUCUCGGGGCAGAAACGCUCGCAGGUCUAUCUCGGAUUGAACAACCCUGACUUCGAUCAACAAGAUGAAUCUCCCGAUAGCCUCGACACUGGAGAUUAUACCCUAGAAGAGAUGAUUCUCGGGGACCAGCGAUACCUUUGCCAAAUACCGCAGGUGCAGCUUGACGAGCGGGUCAAUGGGACGGGGAACGACACAGCCGAAGCUGACGAGCGAAAGGAGCUGGCGCGGGCCACGGACCGUGGUCUGGAGCUACUGCGCGAGAUGGAAGGAAAGUGCAUGUACUAUAUCUCCGGCUGGUGGUCCUACUCGUUCUGCUACAAGGAGAAGGUCAAGCAAUUUCACGCUCUCCCGUCGGGCAGCGGGGUGCCUAAUUACCCACCCAUGGAGGAUCCCACGACGCAGUCGUUUGUUUUGGGCCGAUUCCCACUGGGUGGUGGGAAAGGUGCCGAGGAAGAGGAUGACUUCGCACAUACGGGAGAAUCUACGCACAAGAAGGCGACCGCUAGUACCACUGAUGUUGCGGAACUCCAAACUAAAGGCGGAUCUCGCUACCUCGUCCAGCGCCUGGAUGGUGGCACACGAUGUGAUCUGACGGGACGACGUCGCAAGAUUGAGGUCCAGUUUCACUGUCAUCCCCAGUCGACAGACCGUAUCGGCUGGAUCAAGGAAACAGCUACCUGCUCGUACUUGAUGAUCAUCUACACGCCCCGGCUGUGCAACGAUGCCGUGUUCCUUCCACCCCAACAGGAUGAGAUUCACGAGAUUGAGUGCCGGCAGAUCCUCACGCCGGAUCAGGUAUCCGACUGGAAAGCGUUACGGGAGGCCCUCAUCGCCCAGGAGCACGCCGAGGAUGCCGGCCUGACGCAGGAGCCCUUCCCAGUUGUGGGUGACAUCGAAGUUGGGGCGCAGAGAUUAGUCGGUUCGGAAGGCAAGAAGAUUGAGAAAGGCCGAGUUGCGUCGGCGGGCGAAGCAAAGGUGGAUAUCGUGGCCAAGCGUGAGAAUGGACAAGUGUACCAAAGGACUCGCGAAGAGCUGCUGAAGUACGACAUUGACCCGGACAAGUUGGAGGAUCUGAAAAAAGGCGUGGACGAGAUGGCGGAAGGCAAGGACUGGAAGCUAGAAUUGAUCACAGUCAACGGCGAGCGUCACUUAAAUGUGCUUCUGGAGGAGCCCGAACAGGCGCAGGUGGAAGAUGAUCAAGGGCCCUCGGUACACGUGACCUCGUUUGGCCCCAGCGAUGAUCAGUAUAAGCUAGACAAGCCAGGCAAUGAGGCUGCAGACUCGAAGGCAGCAACCGCAGAGGACGAAGAGGUCUCUUUCUCCGAAGAUGCUGACUUGAUUGUGUAUGACACCUCCGAUCCCGACUGGACGCUAGUGGGUGUCAAUGGAGAUUUUGGCUUCGCCCCCGCAAACUAUAUCGAGAUCGUGGAAGAUGCAGGCCACGCUGCUGCCCCUUCGGCCCCAUCGCAUGUACCGGAUGAAUAUGAACCGGAACCGGAAUAUGAACCUGAACCUGAACCCGCGCCUCCCACGCUUCCGCAGCGACCGGUCGUGACCGCGGAUGAGGUGAACGAGGCUCGCGCCCCUUCGCCAAUCGACACCGUGCAGAACCCUGCUGCUGCUGCCAUUGCCAAUAUCAUCCACCAGCAACACGCCUCCCCCGUCGAGUCUGAACCACCCCGCACUGUACCUCCGCCACCUCAGCCGGCGCGUCCGACAUACGAACCCGAGGAGGACUAUCGCAGGGAACCUUCGCCGCCGCCCCCGGCUCUUCCGCAGCGUCCCCCAUCAGAAUUCAUCUCAUCGCCUGUGCGCGUAGAGUCGCCUCGCGAGCCCGUUCAGCCCCGACAUGUAUCGCUCCGAAGCAAUGAUAGCGAGGGCCACGUGAAGGAAUCUCCUCCCUACAACAGAGUGGGCCAUCCUACUCCGCGUUCCCCGUCGGGUUACCAUAUUUAUACUAUCAACGAGAUGGUCGAGGUCAUGGGCAAGCGAAAGAAGAUGCCCACGACUUUGGGUAUCAAUGUUGCAACGGGAACUAUCUUCAUCUCGCCAGAAGAAGAUGGUGCAGUGCAGGAGUGGACGGCGGACAAGCUGACCCACUACUCUAUCGAGGGCAAGCACGUCUUCGUGGAUCUUAUUCGCCCCAGCAAGAGUAUUGAUUUCCAUGCUGGAGCGAAAGAUACAGCUCGUGAGAUUGUUUCCGCCCUCGGAGAGAUUUCGGGUGCAUACCGCGCCGAAGGACUCCGGGAGGUCAUUGCCGCCGGCACCAGCGGAGGUCAGAAGAAGGGCCAGAUUUUUUACAUCGAGAUUACAGGUACCGUCACCAGCCCGCCACCGGGGGGUGCUGAACCAGGCUUGUCCACAGUGGAGAAGAACCGCAUGGAAGAAGCACGUCUCACAAAGGAGGCGUCCCGGAAAUCGAAAACCGACUCGAUGGCGGCGGAUAUGCGAAGUCCGGAGCGCCAGAAACGGGACAGCAAAUCUAGCCACAAAUCGAAACCCGAUCCUACGAAGGUUAGACAAUGGACCGACCGCACGAAGACUUUCACCGUUGAGGCCCAGUUCAUCGGGUUGAUGGACGGUAAAAUUCACUUGCACAAACAGAAUGGGAUCAAGAUUGCCGUGCCCAUCAUGAAGAUGUCGGUAGAAGACCUGGAAUACGUCGAAAAGCUGACUGGAGCCUCUCUGGACGAAGACAAGCCUUUGUCUGACAUCAAGCGCCGUUCUCAGCGCAUUGAGCCCGAAAAGACUCGAAGCUCGUCUGACGGCAAGCAGAAUGGUGCUUCUUUCCAGCAGUCUGACUACGAUUGGUUCGACUUCUUCCUGAAGGCCGGUAACUUCAUCAAGGACUCCAUGGAUGAGGGAAUCCUUCCGGACAUCACCCCCGAAGAGGGCGAUAUCCUGCGGGUAAUGCGCUACUUGGACAACAUGUUUGGCCGGACAGGUGCCAACUUCGGAGGCGAGGAAGUCAUCGACGAGGAAGGGGCUGGCGGCCUUUUCUCUGGCAGACCUGCACCUAAUACGCCAGCAAGCGAUGUGGUUGACCCGAAGGCCUUCGAGCAGAAGGAUGGCUCGAAGCCUGCCGAGCGCAGUGACACUCCGCCUGCCUCUGCAACUGCGCCGGAACCAUCAGUGCAAAAGGGCUUCGACGACGAUGCCUGGGAAGUCAAGCAACCCAAACAGGCUCCCACCACUGCUGCUCCCGCUGCGCCGGCGACUACAUCAAGCCCCCCUCCGGCUGCGUCUACACCGACUACGAGCCAACCUCCGGCUGCACAACCGCUUACAGGUGCAAUGGCAGAGCUCUCUUUACUUCAGGCUCCCCUUCAACCCACCCCGGCGCCUGCCCCCGCGCCUGCGCCUCAGUCGCCGCCCGCAGCGCCACCGGCCAUUCAACCUCAACCUACCAUUCAACCUCAGCAUACGAUUCAGCCUCAGCCUACCAUCCAACCUCAGCCCACUGCUGUGCCUGCACCCCAACUACAGCCGCAGGCGACGGGUGCUUCACCUAGUUUCUUCGCACAGCUCGGACAGCCACAGGCCGCUCAAGCCUUCAAUCCUCAGGUAACCGGGUUCCAGUCGGCUGCAAGACAGCGUCCACAAGCGCCACAAACCCCACUGGGAGGCAAUUCGUUGCUCCCACCCCCGCCUCAACGACCUCUCUCAGCCCCUCAAAAUUUCCCUCAGCAGCCGAGCUCAUUUGGGCUCCCUACACUGCAGCCUCAGCUGACUGGGGUUCCUCAAUCGGGCCCGCAGAUUGCCCCGCCGGGUCAAAGCUUGGCCGAGCUGAAUCAACAACGGUUCCAGCCAUCCCUGCAACAGCCUCAACCGACCGGAUUCAUGCCGCAAGCUCAACUCCAGAACGGGCUGAUGCCGCAGCCAACCGGGUUCCAGCCGCAAUCGCAAUUUGGAAUCCAGCAGCAGCAGCAGCAGACUGGCUAUCCUGGCUUGGCACCGCAACCGACCGGGUUUGGGGGUUUCCAGCCACAGCCGCAGCAGCCAAUGCAGACAGGCAUCAAUUCGGUCCUGCCGCCGCCUUUGCAGCCUCAACCCACUGGCAUGAACGGUUUCAGCAGUAUGCCAUACAGUGGACCAGCUCCGCCAUUGCCACCUAUCCCUCACCAGCCGACUGCUACACCACUGCAGCCCCAGAAGACUGGCCCCGCCCCUCCCAUCCGAUUCGGUGUGAAGCAUGACGCUCCUAAGAAGCUGGCCCCGCAGCCGACAGGCCUCCGAGCCAACCUUGCGCAAGCUAGUAAGUUCAGCCUUCAACAAUGACCCCACACUUACAGAUUUCUGACCAGUACACUACUUUCUAGCACCUACCAAUCCGUUCGGGU